AUGGGGGUUUCAAAUUCAGGUUUUAGAUUUGCAACUUGUUUGAACGGUGCGGUUACCGAAAAUGCACGAAUGAAAUUGAGUGGUCAUAUUGCAAACAGUGACAUUAAUUUACGUAUAAAAUCAUUGCUCUUUGAUGUUGGUCUUAUAUCGGCUCUGAAUGAAAAAAUUGGAUCAGAUAAUGAUAAAAUUCUAUCAGCAGGAGAGAAAAAGCGCCUCGUCUUUGCAGCAGAGUUAAUAUCUGAUCCAUCCAUAUUAUUUCUUGAUGAGCCAACGACAGGGCAAGAUGCCUACACAGCUAGUAUAUUGGUGAAACAGUUACACUCAUUUGCUGCACAAGGGCGUACAGUUCUGUGUACAAUACAUCAGCCAAGUUCAGAAGUAUUUAAUUCAUUUAAGAAAAUCAUACUUCUUGCAAAUGGAAGGAUUGCAUAUACUGGAACCAGCACAGGUGCAUUGAAUUUCUUUUCAAGCCUGGGUUAUGUGUGUCCUCAUUUAUACAAUCCUGCUGAUUUCUUAAUAGGAACACUCGUUUCAAAUCCAAACGAAAGCUUUAAUAUAACAACUGCUCAACGAAUAUGUGAUAGCUUUUUAUCAAGCGAUUCUUCUAAGAAAAUAGAUUUAAUACUACAAUCAGAAAUUCACAGAACCAGAACAGUUAAGAACAUGUUGAUUGAGACUGGUAACCAGCCUGGUGAAUUGCUCUUUCGUCAAAAAAUACUAUGGAUGAUUCAUAGAGAAAUUUUGCAUAUUCUAAGAGAUCCGUCAGUGCAGAUUUGGAGAAUAAUUCAGAAAAUUGUAAGUACCAUAUAAAUUUAGUGUGUAUGUCGAGAUAUGUAGGUUGAUGAUUUUGCUU